AACAAACCUGGUAUAUAUAUUUCCCACAACAACUAAAUAAAAAAUGCCAAUCGUGCACUUUUAAACCCAUCGAUCGCUCAAUCCCAGAGGAUUUACGGGAUUUACAACGAUUUACACGAUUUACAGUCGUACUCAUAAGGCCAUCCAAUCGGACUCGCAAUACCCCAGAAUAUCGAAACGCCAAGUGGGAAUGCCACGCUUAAGCGUUUCAGCUCCGAUGCACCAAAACCCACCACGUUGCGUCAACUUACACUUUCAUGCCCAGCUAAAUCAAACUUGUAUACCCAUUCAUACAUACGCCGGGAUAGUUUAGUAGAUGCCCUGGGUGAUUGUUUAUGCGAAUCUGCAACUCAUACACUCCUUUACACUCUAUUUUUGACUUUUUGUUUUAAGUGGUUCUCCAGCGAAUGUGUAGCUCCUUCCUUCCUUGUUCUCUCUGAUCGCGGCGGGAUAAGGCGCGUCUAUCUGUCCGCUGCAAGUCUGCCCAAGAUCCCAACGGCGACCGACUUUCUUUGAGCUUUGCUAUAUCGCCCCAGAGAACGAUAUAUUCCACGACCAAUACGCGAUUUCGACGCGUCAAGAACGAAAAGAAUACCAGCUGCGACUCAGCUUGGGGGAAUACAGCGGGAAGCAAGGCGAACCCAGUAACCCAGCUCCCAUUCAGAUAAGGAAAUCGCUAGAGUUACACAAAAAGCUCCACAACAGGGAAUUCUAAAUUCCCCAGACACAAAAUCGAGAGAAAAACUUUGAUCUGCAAAGAUGACCAGCGGCAUGGGAGGCUCGGUCGAUCCUGAGACUCUCUAUACGAAGCAGAAUUGCAUUGGCGGUGGGAGCUUUGGCAAAGUCUACAGAGGUGUAGACAGACGCACCGGCCAGUCCGUCGCUAUCAAGGUCAUCGAUGUCGAAAAUGCCGAAGAUGAGGUCGAGGAUAUCAUACAGGAGAUCUCGAUUCUGUCGGAGCUCCACUCUCCCUAUGUCACACAGUACCACGGCUCAUAUCUCAGGGGUUCGGAUUUAUGGAUCAUAAUGGAGUUCUGUUCGGGUGGAAGUUGUGCGGACUUAAUGAAGCCGGGCUCGAUUCAGGAGGAGUACAUAUCGAUCAUCAUACGGGAGCUGCUGAUGGGGCUGGACUACCUGCAUGGAGAUAAGAAGCUGCAUAGAGAUAUCAAGGCCGCCAACGUCCUCCUAGGUUCGAACGGGCAGGUAAAACUGGCAGACUUCGGCGUUUCGGGGCAGCUCUCGGCCACCAUGACGAAGAAGAACACGUUCGUUGGCACGCCAUUCUGGAUGGCCCCGGAAGUUAUCAAGCAGUCGGGAUACGACCAUAAGGCGGAUAUCUGGUCGCUGGGGAUUACUGCGUUGGAGUUAGCGAAUGGGGAACCACCGUAUUCCGAUAUUCAUCCCAUGAAGGUUCUGUUCUUGAUCCCAAAGAACCCUCCGCCAAAGCUUGAGGGCAACUUCACGAAGGCGUUCAAGGAGUUUGUUGAGCUAUGUUUACAGCGAGACCCGAGGGAUCGGCCGUCGGCAAGGGACUUACUGAAGCAUCCAUUUGUACGCCGGGCGAAGAAGACUUCCUAUCUUACGGAACUCAUUGAACGUCAUGAGCGAUGGGCAAUGAACCACAAGAGCGAUGCGGAAGACUCUGAUGAGGAGCGAGACCAACCUCAACAAAUGAGCCAGGAGAAUGAAGACUUGUGGGAUUUCGGUACUGUCCGGCCUGCUGGCGGGAAAGGGGGCAGUCGAUUUGGUCUUGGCGCUAUGGGAGAGUCUGCUACAAAUGCCAGGUCUUCAAGGUCUUCUGAAUCGGGCGACGACUACGCAGAGAGGCCGCGAGAACGGUCACCAACGAAAAUGAAGGACUCUGGGUACAUUUCCAGUGUCGAUACGGUGAAGGCACAGGUUCAAGGUGGAAGGCAAGUUUCACCACAGCGACGCCCUGUACCACCGAUGCCACAGCAAUCACCGUCCAAAGUCCCAUUACCUCCCUCCCCUAUAAAACCGUUGCCGCAGUUUCCACAAACACCGCGGACAGCAUCCGUAGCACCAUCGGAGGCAACCGAUUCACCCGAUUACGACGAGUCAUUGCGCGAGCAGCUGCGCAAGGACAUGGUCUUCCUAAACCUAGGCGCCACGCCGUCCCCGCAGCCACCCGCUCCACCACCGCGAAACAUCGUGCUGCAGCCACCACAACCACCCCAGCUCCACCUCAACACACAACAACAACAACCAUCCCCCACACGACCAACCGGCCAACAGCCACUCCCCCGCCUAACCCCCAUGAAGCUCCCCGAAAUCCCCCCCUUCCGCGGCGGCGGCGCAAAGCCCCUCCACAACUUCACGAACCAACCACAACCCGGCCCCUCCACCUCCAAACACCCUCCCUUCCCCCCAGCCACCUCCCAUAACCCGCCACAACUCCAAAAUAUCCCCCCGCCGCGGCAGCAGCAGCAGCAGCAGCAGCAGCCCGAGCUCAUCCAGCCCGCGCCCGCCCUCCCGUCCAAACUCCUGAACAAGCAAUCCGUCGACAGCCUCCGCUGCGACACGCCUCCCACCUUCCCCUCCCCGGCCCCCGAGUCCUCAGACGGCGAGCUCGAUGCGCUGAACCACGUCAUCUUCCCGGCGCUGGAAGAGGCGCUCAAGCGGCGCGAGGUGCAUCUGCAGCGGUGGCUGCAUCGGAGUGCGGCGGGGAGUCCGAUCGCGACGCCGAAGACGCAGAGGGUGCAGGCGGGGCAUGAACGGAUUCGGAGGCUGGUGUUUAAGAUUGCGAAUCAGUUUAAGGAGAUUGAUCGGAUUGAUCGGGAGGAGAGGGUGGGGAUGGGGAAGGAGGUGGAUGUUUUUCUGGAGGGGUUGCUGGAGGAGGUGUUGGUGAGGGUGGAGCCGUUGGAGGAGGAGGAGGAGGUGAUGUGA